CCCGCGAGGGAGGCCGCGGCCACCUGCGCCCCGCCCCUGCCGGCCGCGCCCGCCCGGGAACCGCGGCGCCCUGUGAGGGCAGAGGGCUCAGGCCGGGCCGAGGCGAGGGCUUCCCUGCGGCGGGCGCCGCGGCUCGGCGGACGGAAGCGCGGCCGGGAUGUGGCGGCGCUGAGGGCCCUGGUGCCGGACGCUCGAGGCCGGGCUCCCGGAGCGCGGGGCGGACCGGGCGGGAUGAGCGCCCCUGCGGCCGCGCCGAAGAAGGAAAUGGACUGCCUGAGCCCUGAGGCGCAGAAGCUGGCGGAGGCCAGGCUUGCGGCGAAGCGAGCAGCCCGCGCCGAGGCUCGGGAGAUCCGCAUGAAGGAGCUGGAGCGGCAGCAGAAGGAGGUACCGCGGGGGCUCCUGAUCUAUCAAGUUCAAAAGAAAUAUUAUGGGCUGGACACAAAAUGGGGUGACAUCGAGCAGUGGAUGGAAGACAGCGAGCGCUGCUCCCGUAGGUCCAGAAGAACCGCAUCGGCUUCUGAUGAAGACGAGCGCAUGUCAGUGGGUAGUCGCGGAAGCCUGCGGUCGCAGCCUGACAUGGAAUAUGGGCGUGCCCCUACCUGGACAAACGGUUACGAUGCAGAGCUGUGUGGCGCACAGUCCCUGAGCAGAAGAUCUGGCAGGGGCCCGUCCUGGUCCAGCCUCGACCCUGGCCUCCCCGCUGGUGGCCUUGCUCCCAGAGCCCUGUCUGCCUACCCUGGAAGCCGGCCCUCCUGCCUGUCCAGCGCCGCCUGGCCUGCGGGGAGUCACAGGGCAUCCGUGUUUGACGACAGCAGCCUCACGAGGGCGCGACGGGGCAGCGGCGGCGGCUCCUACGCUCCCUCGGAGUACAGCGGCCACCUCACCUCCAGCUCCCGCGCCUCCUCCAGGGCCAGCUCGGCCCGGGCCAGCCCCGUGGUUGAAGAGAGACCAGAAAAGGACUUUGCUGAGAAGGGAUCCCGGAACAUGCCGGGAUUGUCCGCAGCCACGCUGGCCUCCCUGGGCGGGACGUCCUCCCGGAGAGGAAGCGGAGACACCUCCAUCUCCCUCGACACCGAGGCCUCCAUUAGGGAAAUUAAGGAGCUCAAUGAGUUAAAGGACCAGAUUCAGGACGUAGAAGGCAAAUACAUGCAGGGCUUGAAAGAGAUGAAGGACUCCCUGGCAGAGGUGGAGGAGAAGUACAAGAAGGCCAUGGUGUCCAACGCCCAGCUGGACAACGAGAAGAUGAACUUCAUGUACCAGGUGGACACCCUCAAAGACAUGCUGCUGGAGCUCGAGGAGGAGCUGGCCGAGUCCCGGCGGCAGUACGAGGAGAAGAGCAAGGAGUUCGAGCGGGAGAAGCACGCCCACAGCGUCCUGCAGUUCCAGUUUGCCGACGUGAAGGAGGCGCUGAGGCAGAGAGAAGCGAUGCUGGAGGAAAUCCGACAGCUGCAGCAGAAACAGGCGAGUUCUCUCAGGGAGAUUUCUGACCUUCAGGAGACGAUAGAGUGGAAAGACAAAAAGAUAGGGGCACUGGAGAGGCAGAAAGAGUUCUUUGACUCCAUACGGAGCGAACGAGAUGACCUUAGAGAAGAAGUAGUCACGCUCAAAGAGGCACUGAAGAAACAUGGAAUCAUCCUAAAUUCAGAAGCAGCUACCAACGGAGAGACCCCAGACCCUCCGAAUAACGUUGGCCACCCUACAAAAGAAGAGAUGGGUGCCCUCCAGUCGGCCGGGGACGGGGCGCUAGGGAGAGCCAAGGAAGUGGAGGUGGAGAAUGUGGGGAAAAGAGAGAUGUUGCAGAAUGCUGAGCGAGCCCAGCACAAGGAGGACGCGGUAGAGGACAGUGUGGACAGAGAGGUGUUACGUCCUGGCGAGAGCAUGGAGGACCGGAGAGCCGCGGAGCACGGUGCCCCGUCCCUAGGAGCGCUAGAAAGUGCCAAAGACGAGGAGGCUCAGAGCCCAGUGGUGGGCAGCGCCUCUUCCCUGGAAAGUCCAGAGCAGGCUGCUGGCUCUGGGCCGUCCCUGGCCGCGUCCGACUGUGCGAGGGAUUCAGGUAGCGGAGGCCCAGGCACCGGGAGUGGGCUGGACAUCCAAAGCCACAGUGAAAAUUCUGUGGAAACGCAGGAGCAAGAGGAACCGGAGGAUUUGGAAAACAACUCGGAUGGGUUUGGUCCCAAACCGUGUCAGGAGCCUGUUGCUUCGCAGACGUCUGAAGUCAGAAGGGUGAGCGGUGCAGACACCGUGCAGCCAAGUGGAGACCACGCAGAGAGCGUGGCGGGAGCGGGGGUGGCUCACAGCAGGCGCGCGGGCACGGAGCGCAGUGAGGAGGCUCAGAGUCCUGGUGACGGAUGUGCGGCAGACAGCCCCGGAGAGCUGGGCCCCGGCACAGGGCGUGGUCCAGAGGGCGCCUCUGCCACCCAGGAAGUCGUGGAGCCCCGGGAGGGCCCGGCUGAGGGCACCGGAGUCAGCAGGGGGAACAGCACAGAGGAGGAGGGGGAAGCAGAGACGACGGGCGAGGCCCCCACCCCCCCAGACGGCCAGCCCACUCCUGAGUCUCCAGCAGCCCAGAGCGCCCGGCAGGGAGCCCCCGGCCCUCAGACGGCAGGUGCCGGAAGUGACCCCCCAGAUACAAAAGAGCCCGAUGAAGACCAGAACGACCCGCAGCGAGAGGCAGUGGAGUCGUUGCAGAAGAAGCCGAAGAACAAGAAAAAGAAGAACAAGAAGAAGAAGUCUCCAGCAGCCGCAGACACCCAGCCAGGCACUGAGGAGGGGCCGGGGGCCGCUGCGGAAGAGCAGGGAACGUGCAGCAGCCAGGCCCCGGCUGCGGAAGCGCAGGACGCGGCGACAGAGAGUCCAGAGCAGACGGCCGUGGCCGGAGGCGGUGGACACGCUGAAUGCCCAGGAAAUCCUAAAACUGAGUCGGACGGAAAACGCAGCCAAGAGGGUGACGGAGUCCACGCAAAGGCCGGAGACGCAGUGGCCAAGGGAGACACAUUUGCUCUCGGUGACGACACUGUGCCGUCCCCGGGCGCCAGCGGCAGUGAUAAAGAAUCAGAUGGAAGUGUUGUAAACGAUGACGCCAAGAAGAAUGGUGCUGCCCAAGGCCGGGCCCCAGAGCCAGAGAACGGGGGCGGGACCGACAGCGUUCCCUCCCCGGACAUCGCUGACGGCUUGCAGAUGCCCCAGCAGCUGAGUCAGCCGGCCAGGGAGGCCUUAGACAGCGUGAGCCUGGAGGACGAUGACCCGUCCGCCCCAGCAGGAGAGGGGGGCGACCUCAGUGUGGAAAGCAGAGUGGACGGGAGAGCAGGAAGCGAGAAGGGCAGAGGCAAAGAGGACUGCGCCCUGUCCUGAGCCGGCAGGACGGCGGAGGCAGGCCUGGCACUUUUGCACAGUCGAUCUGAUUCUCAGGGCCCCGUCCCCACCCUCACUGGUGGCUGACAGUCACCUCCGCCUGUCCCCACCCUCGCUGGUGGCUGACAGUCACCUCCACCCUCGCUGGUGGCUGACAGUCACCUCCGCCUGUCCCCACCCUCGCUGGUGGCUGACAGUCACCUCCGCCUGUCCCCACCCUCGCUGGUGGCUGACAGUCACCUCCACCCUCGCUGGUGGCUGACAGUCACCUCCGCCUGUCCCCCACCCUCGCUGGUGGCUGACAGUCACCUCCACCUGUCCCCCACCCUCGCUGGUGGCUGACAGUCACCUCCACCUGUCCCCACCCUUGCUGGUGGCUGACAGUCACCCCCAGUUAUCUGCUACUCUGACUGUUACCUGCAGGCUUGUAUCAAUCAUCGGGGUCAUCGGCCAGGUUAGCAGGGGCGUGUUUGCUUCAGUCCAGGUCCUCACUGAGAUCAUCCCAGGAGCAUCCAACAACGCAUUCUGCUCAUAUCCCAGCCUGAAGUGAGAAGAUCCCUCGCUUGCCUUCGCUGAUACGAAUGUGGGUAUCUGUGACCAAAUAUAUUACAUCUGACUCAGAUGACCAAAUAGCAUUCUUAGGUUUCUGCGUCGAGGGUAGAAUGGGUAUUUAAAUAAGGGGAGGGACCCACGGAAAUGUGUCUACUUCUGUAUCUGGUCUCAUGUGUGCAUUCCCACCCGUGUGGUGUCUGAUGUCAAGAAGAAUGAGCAAGCGGCACGCAGGUCCCUGCGUGGGCACACUUGCACCUCAGGGCUGGCGAAUGUCCGAUGCGCUAGGGAGACGGCCCUCGCCUCUACCUCCGACCCACUCCUCCCUGAGAACCCGAGUCUGCCUGGCAGGCUGUUCUAAACGCUCUUCGUGAUGGUGCACCAGGUUCACUCUAUGCCAAGAAUGCUUGCAGGGCUUUUUGGAAGCGACAUAUACUGAAACUGCACUUCCUGCUGCAGUAUUGGGUGGGAGCAGCCGCUUUGAAAUGUGUUUAACCUUUACGACCAAGCCUCCCUCUGUUGCAGUCUGAUCACUGUUCAGAAGAGCCACGCAGUAGCUUACUUGUUCCCCUGCAGACUCAUUUGACCAUAAUAGGACAUUCUGAAGAGUUGAAUCUCUUGUGGUAUCCUGGUAUAAAUAUUUUUAUUUGUUAUUUCUCAGUAUAUUCUUAUUGCAAAAUUGUUUCAAUCUGCCUACAGAAAAUAUAUAUUUUCUAUAUAAAGAAGCAUUUAAAAAAUCAAGUAAUUGUAUAGGUAAAUAAAAAAUCAUUGUAAAAUAUGCAAUCACACAAGGAUGUCGAUUGUGAACGGUGUGACAUCGUCUGAGAUUGUGUAAACUCAUAUCACUGUUACAAGAUAUCAUUGAGUGCAAAAAUACCAACACCUCCAUCAAGCUUGAGGCAGACCUACGUGUUACAAUGUAAUUGAAAUAAAAGCAUCUUAUGGUGUCACAA